CUCGUCUCUGUCUCGGCAUUAAUUAGAGCUAGUGAAGAUUCCUAUCUUUUCGUUAAUUCAUCUUCUCAUGCAGUUAACACGUAAAUUCACAGUUGGAUUUUUUUUAGAUUAUCAUUUGUAGAGUUGGUGAGGUGUCAUAGUCCUAUACUCAAAAUCAAAUUUAUAUAGGUUGCCUUCUACUUUUAUUGUUUGAACUGAAAUUUCUUGAUUUGAUCCCAUUGAUUUUUUUACACAUAGGAUAAUUUCUAUAUAAAUUGCCCUUAUAUUGAGCCAAGCCAUAAUCUAAAAAGUCCGGAUUGAGAAGAUCAUCGGUUGCUCCAACGAAAAUGGAGAUGAAAGUUCAAUUUAUCUCUAGAGAAAUCAUCAAGCCUUCAUCUCCAACUCCAUACCACCUAAGAACACAUAAGCUUUCCCUUUUUGAUCAGCUGGCGCCUCCCGUUUACAUCCCAGUUGUUCUUUUUUACUCAGCUACAGCUGAAACCAGUCCUACCAAAACGUCUGGUCUCCUGAAAAGUUCCCUCUCGAAAACAUUAACCCACUUCUACCCAUUUGCAGGACGAGUCAAGGAUUGUUACACUAUAGACUGUAAUGAUGACGGUGCCACCUAUAUUGAAGCUCAGGUAGACGCUGACAUGGCUGUUGUCCUUAAAGAACCGGGGGUCGAUAUGCUGCUGCAGCUACUCCCUUGCGAUCCGCUUGAAAAGCUACCUGAGCCAAGUGCUCAGGUAAUGGUAGCUGUUCAGGUCAAUUACUUUGCUUGUGGUGGAAUGACAAUCUGUGUUUGUAUCAGGCAUGUGGUUGCUGAUGCAUCAGCCGCUGCUAGCUUUGUUAAAAGCUGGGCUGCAGUUGCUAGAGGCAUCAAUACAGAACUCGAUGCUGUAAUUUAUGACUGCACCAAUCUCUUUUCCCCACAAGAUUUAUCAGGCUUAUUGAAGACAGUUGGAGAGAAACAGAAUGUCCUGCUAGAUGAAGUUGUGACAAAGAGGUUCCUUUUUUAUGGCUCUAAGAUAGAUGCUUUAAGAAAUGAAAUUGGCAAUGGGCUGUGUCUGUAUCGUCCAACGCGUGUUGAAGCUGUGUCCUCGCUCAUUUGGAACGCUUUAAUAGGUGGUGACACUGAAAAUAAUGAAAUAGUUCUCAUGCAUAUGGCGACAAUUUCUGUGAAUUUGCGAAAGAGAAUGGAUCCUCCAUUCCCGGAACUGUGUAUAGGAAACAUCUUUCAUGUAGCAAAAAUGGCGAAUUCAGUCAUGGAAAAGACCACAAGCUGCAAGAGUUUAGCAGAAAAAAUCCACGAGUCAAUAUGUAAGACCAAUGAUAAGCACGUUAGGCAGUUUUAUGGAAGCGGUGCACACUUGAAUGUCAUGAAAAACCUGGCUGAACAAAUUGGAAAGAAUUCAAAAACAAGGGUUUUUAACUUCAGUAGUUGGUGCAGAUUUCCAUUUUAUGAGACUGAUUUUGGAUGGGGAAAGCCUGUUUGGUUUGGAACAGCCCUGAAGCUUAACAAACUUGCCAUUUUCUUGGAUACCAGCGAUGGAAAAGGCAUUGAAGCAUGGAUUGGAUUAACAAAGGAAGAAAUGACAAAACUUGAACAAGAUCCUGGAAUUCUUGCUUAUGCUUCUUUCAAUCCAAGCACAUGAGAGGGUUCAGUUCAGAUACUAAUAUUAACCUGGCAAAAUAAGAUCACUGCAAUAAGGUUCUCUUUCUUAAAUAUUAGAAAGAGGCAUGGAAAUUGCUUUCAUAUUUCUUGUAAACAUACUCUUCUGCCUAUUUUCUCGCCAUUCCUGCCUUCCAAUGGAAGUUUGCUGUUAAGUGUCAGAGAAGUCUAUAGCAAGUCAUCUAGUCUUUGUUCUUCAUUUUGUUACCAAAUGCAAGUAAUCUAAUCCGAAAUAAAGAAAUGAUGCUAUUCUUCAGUAAGUCAAAUAUCAUCUAGCUAGUGAAAGUGCACCAAAAACCGUAUUGGUAACAGAAUAUAAACUAUAUAUGUCCAACUUUCUUAUCUUUACUUACACGAUUUUUCCAGAUUUGGGACUA